AUAAGACGUGUCUCAUUUCUCAGCUUCCUCUGCACUUCCGGCUUUCCACCGCAGCAGAAGUGAACGAAAACAAAAUGCGAUAGUUUAACUUCGCCGAUGAGCUGUGGUCAAUGACAGCGUAUAUUCCACUGACCGCUUAUUAUUUAAAUGUCAAAUCUGUGCACCUGAGGUGCGUGGCAGCCGCAGUAAUAUAAUAUUCACCAUGCAGUUCUCUCCCACCAACGGAGAUUUCACGUUCGUCUCUUCGACGGAGGCUGAAGAACUCAGCGGCACCAUCAGUGCCCCGGAUAUUAAACUGAACAUGGGCGGUGAGGGCGGUAAAGAUCCAUAUGCCACCACCUUCCUGAGGCAGCGAGGCUACGGCUGGCUGCUGGAGGUGGACGAGGAUGAAACUGAAGAGAGCAAGCCUCUUCUGGAGGAGCUGGACAUUGACCUGAAGGACAUCUAUUACAAGAUUCGCUGUGUGCUGAUGCCCAUGCCGUCCCUGGGUUAUAACCGGCAGGUGGUCCGAGACAACCCGGACUUCUGGGGCCCUCUAGCUGUGGUGCUGCUCUUCUCCAUGAUCUCCAUCUAUGGACAGUUCAGGGUUGUGUCUUGGAUCAUCACCAUCUGGAUCUUUGGAUCAACAACCAUCUUCCUACUGGCUCGUGUUCUUGGUGGCGAGGUGUCCUUCGGCCAGGUUCUAGGAGUGAUCGGAUAUUCUCUUCUUCCUCUCAUUGUUAUAGCCCCUCUGCUCCUAGUGAUCGGAGGCUUUGAGGUGGUUUCUACACUAAUCAAACUGUUCGGAGUGUUCUGGGCUGCUUACAGUGCUGCUUCGCUGCUCGUCGGAGAUGAAUUCAAAACCAAGAAGCCCCUUCUCAUAUAUCCCAUUUUCCUUUUGUAUAUCUACUUCCUGUCGUUAUAUACUGGUGUGUGACUGGAGGAAUGGGAACUCUGGACCUUUUCAUGGACAUUGACCCUGGGGCAUUGGGGAGAGGGGAGAGAAGUCAAACUGUGGAACCAGGAUUUUUUUAAAGGUGUUUAUUUCUUUUUUUAACUAUUAAAUUGUAGACGGUGGGGAUUUUGGGAAUAUACAGUGAUGUGAAAAAGUGUUGCCCCCUUCCUGAGUUCUUAUUUUUUUUGCAUGUUUGUCACACCUAAAUGUUUCAGAUGAUUUAAAUCAAAAAAUUUAAAUAUAAGACAAAGAUAACACAAAACGCAGUUAUUAAAUUAAGGUUUUUAUUAUAAAGAAAAAAAAAAAAUCUAAACCUACAUUGCCCCAUGUGAAAAAGUGUUUACGCGCCACCGCCGCGCAGUGAAAACAUAACUGUGGUUUAUCUCACACUAGCCACACCAUGGCCUGAUUACUGCCACACCUGUUCUCAAUCAAGAAAUCACUUAAAUAGGGGCGGCAAAAAAAAAAGGAAUUCACAUCAAUAGGACCUGCCUGACAAAGCAAAGUAGACCAAAAGAUCCUCAGAAGCUAGGCAUCAUGCCGAGAUCCAAAGAAAUUCAGGAACAAAUGAGAAACAAAGUAAUUGAGAGCUAUCAGUCUAGAAAAUAUUAUAAAGCCAUUUCUAAAGCUUUGGGACUCCAGCGAAUCGGAGCCAUUAUCCACAAAUGGUGAAAACCUGGAACAGUGAUGAACCUCCCCAGGAGUGGCCGGCCGACCAAAUUUACCCCAAGAGGGCAGCGAUGACUCAUCCAAGAGCUCACGAAAGAGCCCAUGACAACAUCCAAAGAGCUGCAGGCCUCACUUGCCUCAGUUAAGGUCAGUGUUCAUGACUCCAGCAUAAGAAAGAGGCUGGGCAAAAAUGGCUUGCGUGGCAGAGUUCAAGGAUGAAAACCACUGCUGAGCAAAAAGAACGUUAAGACUUGUCUCAUUUUUGCCAGAAAAUGCUCUGUGGACUGAUGAGACAAAAGUUGAACUUUCUGGAAGGUGCGUGUCCCACUACAUCUGGUGUAAAAGUAACCCCGCAUUUCAGAAAAAUAGUGGUAGUGUGAUGGUCUGGGCCUGUUUUGCUGCUCCAGGACCUGGACGACUUGCUGUGAUAAAUGGAACCAUGAAUUCUUCUGUCUACCAAAAACUCCUGAAGGAGAAUGUCCAGUGAACUUAGGUUCUGCAG